ACGUGAUUGAGUUAUGUCGUUAUGAGAAUAUAGCUGGAUUUUAUCAACAUUUUCUAAUGAUUUGAUUUGCUGUAUUCGAUAAUUACAGUUAAAGAUGCUUAGAAAAUUGAUAUAAUAACAUCUUUGUGUUAUUAAGCGAUAUUAAUAUUUUACGACAUUUAAAAUUUGGCUUGCAUCCUGCUCUCGUACACACAGCAAAGAGUGAUGCACCUUUCCUUUCAUCAUCAUUGGUAUUGAUGGUCCAAUGCUGGUAGAUUUAGUUAGUCCCUAUUGAGUUUAGGGUGCUGUAACUCUGAAGUGUAACCAUUGGUUCUUGACAGCCACAUUAGCAGUAGUGGAUCUAGAAUUUAGUUGUUUUGUUCGUUUAUUUUGUUUUAAUUCGUAUGAAAGUGAAUAUAAACUGAAAUGUAAAUCUGAGUCAGCAAGGCCUUGCCGUUUACAGCCACCGUACGCUGGUCGGUAAUAGCUCUACCUACUCUUGAAUUAAGAAACAUCCUCAACCACAGAGUGGACGAGACAAGACUGGGAAUCCUCCCCAAGACUGUCUUUCCAGUUUUGGAUCAGGUCAGAUGGAGAUCUAGGUUUUGGAUCUAAGAAGCAAGUAGAUCAGAACGCUGAUGAGUUCUGCUGAUUGCUAACACUGCUGAGACUGGAACAGCGGAAGCUACAAUUUACGGAAGACCUAAGACAGCCUAAUGAGAGUUUUGGAGACUGAUCCGUCUAUUUCCUACAAAAUGGGUAAGAACAGAAGGCACCGGAUACGCAAAGCGAAGGAGAAUGAUGCUGAAGAUUCGAGUGAUGAUGGAGGACAAGGAUGUCCUCAUGUGACAAAAGCAGUCAACUUGGCAGCGAUGAGAAAGACAGUUUUGAAAUUAACUACUUCCUUGGGUGAAUGCACACUGUGUAGCAAGGAGGCACCGAAAGCGGCGUCCAGAGAUUUAUUCGGAGGUUUGAUAGAAGGGCCUGUCCCAGCCGCCGCAGAGGAUGACGAGGCAGAGGUGAUGGAGACCACUGUAUGUAUCUGCCUGCAGUGUGGACAUCAGGGCUGUGACAGAAAUUCAGUCAACAGACAUGCCUUGAAGCAUUAUAAAACCCCUCAUUCUAGUCUACACAGUAUCAUUGUUAAUCUAACCAACUGGUCCACAUGGUGUUAUAUGUGUGAUGAAGAGGUACCCCCAGGCCCUCGGAUCCAAGGAUGUAUCGACUUCUUGCACAAACAGAGUGGUCUUGCAAAGCCAGAACCUUUAUUACCAAUGGCAGGUCGAACCCCCGACAGUCCAAUGGCAGAAGCUGCCCCAGCCAUGAACGGUCCUUCUUCAAAGAGCUCUGGAUCAUGUGUGAAAGUCAAGGGCCUGAGCAACUUGGGAAACACCUGUUUCUUCAAUGCGGUUAUGCAGAGCAUCUCGCAGACACGUGGCCUGGAGAGCCUCCUGGUGGACUGGAGCAAGCACGGCAAGCUGUGCACCAUCCUGGGCCCCGAGCCGGCCGUCGACAGUGACUGCAGCUCCAGCGACGAGGAGAGAGACGAUGAGGCUGCGGAGAAGAAACCAUUGCCAAGUAUUCAGACAACGUAUCAGGAUGCUGGACCUAUCACAGUCGCUCUACUCAACUUUUUGCAAGAGAUGAAGGGAGGAACCACGAGGAAUGGCACUGUGAACCCUAAUGCCCUGUUCACGCAAGUCUGUAAAAAAGCCCCGAGGUUCAAAGGUUUCCAACAACAGGACAGCCAUGAGCUGUUGAGGUAUCUCAUCGACUGCAUCCGGAUGGAAGAAAUUAAGAGGGGUCAAUCAUCCAUUCUAAAAUUUUUCAAACUACCAGACACGAUACAUCCAAAGAAAGUUGAUGAAGAGACGAAAUUGAAAGUGAAAGAAUACGGCCGGCAGGUGAAGCACACAUUCCUGGACAGCUUGUUUGGUGGACAGCUAGUUAGUACUGUCAAGUGUGAGGAGUGUAAAAAUGCAUCUCAAAUCUUUGAAGCAUUCUUGGAUCUGUCCCUCCCUGUGAUGGAAGAGAAGCCCCAAAGGCCAAAUCUGGUUCUGAUCGGCAAGAAGAAAGAUUCGGUCAGCGUGAGUGAGGCGGGAGACGAGGGUGGAGCUGCCGCAGCGGCUGCGUCUGCCAUGGGCCUGGACGCCUGCGACAAACCCAGCAAGUACCAGGAGCGGAAAAACAAGAGACUGCAGAAAAAAGAGGCCAAGAAAAAAGGCAAAGCUCAAAAGUCCCCGAGUCAUGAGCUCUGUGAAGCAGCGAGCAGAGCUGAUGGGGACGACAAACCAACGACUCCAGAUCAACACAACGCAAGCGACGACAGCGGCGGUAAACCGGAGACCUGUGACGCGGAAAAACCGACAGCUUCUACCUCAGGGUUACUCGGGGAAGGUGAUGCGGCUGGAGAGAACGGGAAAAUAUCUGACAGAACGAAACAAAGAAUAGUUGAAAAUGGAGGACUGGAGGGUGCUGUGGGGCCCAGCAGUGCGGUGCCAGAGAACAAGUUGCUGUGUGGUGUUGGAGGCGGGGAUGUGGACAGCAGCUCUCUGGCCGCCGAUAGUUCCCCGGAAGGCAGCAAAGACGGGCUGGAGGGGAAUGCCGACCGUGACGGGAACAGCUCUAAAGAUGACCCAUCCGAUGCUGAUAUUGAGGAUAACCUAGACAACGAAGUGAACAGACGCGAGACUUCUGCUACAAAUAAACUUGCCAAAACAACCAACAACAGCAGCAGCGGUGUCCCACAUCAGGGCCCAGUGUCCGAGGGAAAGGACCUUGACACUGUGGUGGUCACAGCCUCUCUCCCCGUGGCUGCCUCGGCAGCUGGCGGAUGUGAGGAUAUCAUCAACAAUAACGUGGUGACUAUUUCAAACGAAACCCCAGCGGAGAAAUUGGCUGAAGCCGAACUUUGCUCAAAGUUCAACGGUUUAGAAGCACCGGGCUGCAGCAGCUCAAAGGAUUGUGAGGAGAACAACGCAAAGACAUUUUCAUGUGAGGUCACCGUUAAUAAUCAUUCAGAUGUGGUGGAUCUUUCCAACGCUAUGGGCAACCUGGCGGUGAACGACUCCGCUGGAGCUACGGGUGACGCGGCAACGGCAGGAGGAGCCGUGGGCAAGAGCCCAUCAGCGCCAGAACCAGACUGUGAUAGGAAGCAGUGUCCUGAAGUCAGUGCCACGUUCAACCUGAGCUUGCCAGGGAACUCGGAUGGGCUUAAGGGCUCCCCUAGAGAGGAGGAGGAGGAGGGGAAUCAUUCCGGUGCUUCUGCUAGUCAAGUUGGGAAGAACUCAUCGUCGUUAUCCAAGGUGAAAGAUUUGGGUGAGGAGGAUGAGUCCGGGGUACCUUCUACGGAGGAGAGACAGCAGCAGGGGGGGAACAAGGUGCUCAAGUCCAGGCAGGAGAUCUUGAAGGAGGCUCGAACCUACUCCAUGAGCACUUUAGCACCUCGGUACCACCCGGCCCCUCGGGAGUGCUCUGUCAUGUCCUGUCUGAACCAGUUCACGGCGGCCGAGCUCCUCACUGGCUCCAACAAGGUCAGCUGUAAAGAAUGCACCAAGGCCAAAAGGAAAAGCUCACAGCCUCCAAAAGCUGAAAAGAAAGGGAAAGAAAUGGUUUACUCCAACGCCAACAAGCAAUACCUGAUAUUUCGCCCGCCAGCCGUCCUCACUCUGCACCUGAAGAGGUUUGAACAGACUGGUCUGACGUCCAGGAAAGUGAAUCGCCACGUGGAUUUUCCUCUGUUGUUAGACCUGGCUCCUUAUUGCAGCUCGUUAUGUCUGGGCGUGAAGGCUGGCCAGUCCAAGGUGCUGUAUUCGCUGUACGGCGUGGUGGAGCACAGCGGCCGUCUGAGCGGCGGCCACUACACGGCCUACAUCAAGGUACGGCCGGGCCUGGGGCCACACACACAGUUCCUGCACGGCAACCCGCCCAACCCGCUGGACCUGCUCAGUGUGUAUAUGGAGCGAAUUGUGAAGAGCAAAGAAUGCUAUGCCGGUCAGGAGAGCGGGUGGCCUAAAGGUGACCCUCAGGCAGCGCCGGACGUGAUGGACAAGGAGACGGAGGCACGCGCCGAAGCCCUGGUCGCGCCGGGCCGCUGGUUCCACAUCAGCGACAGUCGAGUCAACGAGGUCACGGAGACAGAGGUUCUCAAGGCACAGGCGUACCUGCUCUUCUACGAGAGGACGUUUUAAUGACAGGUCUAUAAUGCUAGAGCGUCUGAAUAGGUGAAUAGGUUUAUAUGGAAUGAAAGUGGGAUUUGUACAGGCUUAUUCAGGGUUUUUUCCCCGCAGUUUUAUCUUCUACUAUUUAAUGAUUUCAUGAAUAAUAAAUUGUACUGUAAUAUAGUAUUCGUAGAUACAUGAAGUUAAGAGAGGUGAUUUUAUGUCUAAUUUCCUCUCCUUAAGCUUGUUUUUUUAUCUUUUCUUUGAGAAGAUAUUUAUUGAUUUCUACGCUCUGACAUAUGUGCCCAUCGACUGAGAUUUUAGGGGUUUUUUUUUUUUUUUUUUUUUUUGUGUGAAUUUUUUUUUACCCCAAAUUCUCAGCUUCAUCUUCUUUGUUGUGAGUUGUUGGAGUAACUUGUAUAGGGUAAUAAUGUACUGGUGAAAUAUGACCUGUGGUGGGUUGUUGUUUUUUCUUGCAUUUUUACGUCUUUGCCCAUAUCGCACGUACGUGUACAUUCUUGAGAAAAAAAAGUCUUAAGACUUAAUAGAAAGUGAUGGUAUCAUGCACAUUUUUCAUCGUUUUUGAAAGAUAGUUUUUUUCUGUAAUUGUGUUAUCCGUGGUUUGAGAUUUUUAUAUAACAUGUAUGUGGCUUAUAACCCUUUCGCACUUAGCAGGCUUGGCCAGCUGUGGGGCGCCCCCCCCCCACCCCGCCCCCCAAUCCUUAAGAGAAGGACAAUAACUCCGUAAAAAUUGGAGGGGUACCUUUCUAGUGUAAAAUCACACACGCGGGUAUGGUUGUAAAAAAAAAAUCGCAUAAAAUCGUAAAAACAAACCACAACAAAAGCAAGGACAGUCUCAGAAGGAAAAUCGAGAAUAGUAUACAAAAAUAAUUAAGUGAGAGCAAAAAAA